AUGUCUAAAACAACUAAUUUUCAAAUAUAUACAGCAAUACAAUCUCUCGAAGAUCUUGUAAAAACACAAUAUGUAGAACAACAAAAACAAUUUGAUAAUUCUGAAGAAGUUAAUAACGGGCAACUAUUCAAUAUGAUAAAUUCUGAGCUAGUUGGUCUAAAUGAUCAUAGCAGUCUUAUUAGCGAUAAGUUAGAUACUUUGGCGACACUGCUAAAAAGUCAUAAUUUCAAUACUCAUGACAAAAGUAAUUUUUCUUUAUUUCGAUAUCCAAAAGCUAUUAAACAAAUUAAAAAAAGGGCUUACAAUGAACAAAUUCAUUAUCUUCAUCGUAAAAUUAAAUUACACCAUAAUAAAAAAAUUGCAUAUAAUAAUAAAACCUUACCUGCAAAUCAAAUGGUCGGCGAAGAAUAUCUUCCAGAUGUUACUAAUACACCUACUGCUGGAAAUAAUCCAAUUAUUAUUGAUGUAGAUUAUUUUAUGAAAGAUUGGGAAGUUCAGAAGAAUACUAACGAAUUAGCAUUUGAACAACCUUGGACACAUGAAGUAAUUACAGACAUUGUAGCUCAAUAUAUUCAACAUUUACAUAAAGAUUAUCUUGCCUUAAAAAAGAAUCCUGAUGCUUUUAGCAAUCGAAAUAUUAAACAACGCCAUGAUAAUCGUCUUACUCUCAAAUCUAAAGCAUUAUUAAAAGCUUUGGAUCAAUAUUCCGAUGAAGAAAAUUUACACUAUCCAAAAGAAGAAAUUAAACAUAUUCUUCAUAAGCGUUGUAUGUCUCCAGAACUAACUGAUGAAGAUAAUGAACUAGAGUUGGAUGUGUUUCAUGAUAAGAGAAUCUU